CAGAAUUGCAGCAAGGUAAUCAAAAUAAAACCAAGUAUCAAAAUCAUAAAAAAAUGAAUACAAAUAAUACAAAUAAUUAAUAUCUUUAUCUCUGUAUUGUUCAACGUGCAACGUGUUAUCUAGUGAUGUCAUCAGCAACGAUGCCCCUUUUGGAAGACACUGCAGCCUUCGGUGAAGAUGAAGGCGAAUUGGGUGCUUCAAAAGGAUCCUUAAGACAUCCCUACAUUACUCUCUGCCAUUUACUGUUCAAAGGCACAGCGAUGGUAGUUUAUUUAUUGUGUGGGCUAUUUAAUGCCGGUUUCAUCGCCAGUUUUGUGACUGUAGUUCUGUUUCUGUCGAUGGAUUUUUGGAUAGUGAAAAAUAUAACGGGGAGACUAAUGGUAGGUCUCAGGUGGUGGAAUUACGUGGACGAGGAAGGGAAAUCUCAUUGGGUAUUCGAGUCGCAACAGAAUAGGAUAAACGAGAGGGAAGCUCGAAUAUUCUGGGUCGCACUCAUUUUGACACCUGUUUUUUGGUUUAUAUUUUUUGUUGGUAAUUUAAUCGGAUUGGAUUUUAGGUGGAUGGUACUAGUUGUCAUUGCGCUAGUUUUGAGUGGCUCUAAUCUUUACGGAUACAUAAGAUGUAAAGUGGGAAGUAAACAAAGCAUGUCUUCAAUAACAUCUGAUUUUAUUCGAAAACAAGUUCUACAAAAUGCUGUAUCUUUUGUAUCGAGAUCUAAUUCUGGAAAUCAACAACAGACUAAUACAGUCAUUUAAGUACACCAUCGUAAUUCCUGUUUUUAUUUGUUUCUAUCAAUUUUUGUAUUAAAUGUAAAU